UGAACGGUGCGUGUGCGAAAAAAUCUACGGUAUUAAAAUUUAACAUUGAAAAAAGGAAAUGAGCGAUGCCGAACUACAGGAGGAAGAAAGAGAAGUACUUCUUUCGAUAUACGAUGGAGACUCAGCUUUUAAACAGUUGACACCUACUACUUUUCAGUAUAAGUUCGGAGAGGACAACGAUAUGAAAUCGUUUCUUUUGGAGAUCUCAUGGGGCGCAACGUAUCCAUCAGAAAGGCCUACUAUUAACAUGAACACCUUUUACAACAAACACAUUGUGCAAGAAGUGAAGGACAAAGUGGUCAAGCUUGUGGAAGCAGAGGCAGAUCAAUGGCUAGGAAGUGCUAUGACAUACACAUUGUUUCAAUCUGUCCAAGAACAUUAUACGGAAUUGAUCUCAGCACAACCAGACUCUGUUGUUGAUUUAAACUCACAAACCAGUCAGCUUAAAAUAACAGAAAGAAAUAAUCAGUUGGAAGAAACAACAAAAAAACCAAAGAAGGAACAUCUGACUAAAGCCCAGAAGCGUAGACAGUGGAAUAAAGCUGAUGGAAAAGGAGAAAGACCACGAGGAUGGGACUGGGUGGAUAUAGUAAAACAUUUAUCACAGACUGGCCCUAAGCAAGAGCAAGAGUCAUAGUUCAACUUCUUUGAAAUAUUUGUACAGGUUAAAGGCGUGUUAUAUUUUUAUAAAUUAUUCGAAAUAAACUGGUUUCCAUAUCGGUUUCACUAUACUAUAAUCACCUGUGAUAAAAAUUUGUAAGAAAAUAUUUAUAGGUAAUUUUAU